AUGUUUAUAGUCGAAGGAGCUGGGGGUUAUGAUUUCACGGCGGCGUUGCCGCCGGGUCUGAUCAGAGAAGGCGACGCAAGGGGCAAGGGACAGAGUUGUAGAGUGUCGGAUGGUGGUGGGUUGGUUGUCGAGGCGCUGGCUCAAGGUGAACAGAGGUGGCUGGGUUUGGAUAGUGGUGGUUUGCUAGGGGGUAAGAUGAUUGACCAGUGUAAGCUGCGCGUAAGAUUGAUGCUAGGCGAGAUUGCCAGUGAGAUGUUUACGAGGCUAGUUAUGGUCACCGCUGGAACCUCAAAUCCCAUCACCACCACGCCACCAGUCACGUUGACCCUUGCUAGCAGUGGCACAACCACCGCUGCUCAAACCUCGAUUCCUAUGAUUUUUGGCACGCUGCCCCCUCUGACUAAUGUUGUGGCCACAGCCACUGAUCAUGGGACUCAUUACUCUACCGUUGUGACAACCACAAGAGGACCAACAAAUGAGUAUGUAGUUUAUACGGACGACUCUUCUGAAGAUUCGGAGAGGGACUAUGAUAUUCCCCCACGAAGGAGGAGAGACGGAAACCAGAGCCGAGGCUCCCAGCACAACACCAGGCCGAAUAACUCCGAGUCCCGUCGACCCACGGACCAGGAGUACGAAGCCAGGAUUCGAGCUUAUGAACAGGAGAUAGCUCAGUUGAGAAGAGACAGGGCGGCACACCAGACCAGGCAGCCACCACCCGAACCUCGGCAACAAACUGAAAACCCUCAGAACGCAGCCAAGAGGGCCCCUGAAAAUAUGAAUGAGCUCCAGGAGAGGGCCGGGAAGUAUAUCAAGGCUGAGGAAAGCCUGAAGAAAUCUCAGAAUAACCAGGGACCGACCCCGAACCCAAAGAAACGUGGAAACGACACCGAGUACAACGCGGAUAGUAAGUAUUCAAAGACAGGGGAUGGUGAUAAGUCCCCCACCAAAAAGAAAGCAGGACCGAGGUUCACUGAGUUUCAUAAGGAUACAGGACAUAAGACCGAUGAUUGUCGGCAGUUGAAGGAUGAGAUCGAGUUUUUGAUCCGAAAAGGCAAGCUGUCCAAGUAUACUAGGGAUACGGACAAGAAUCCCCGUGACAAUGACAACCGUGGAAGAGACAACGAUGAUAGGAAUAAGAGAAACCAGCCUAGAGGGCCUGUGAUCAAUGUAAUCUCUGGAGGACCGACCGCAGCAGGCCUAUCUAGUAACUCACGAAAAGCUUAUGCUCGUGAAGUGAUGUACAUUGUUGGAGAGCCCCCGAAGAGGGCAAAAAUUGAGUUUGCUUUAGCAUUCGACAAUUUAGAUCUUGACAGAGUUAAAUUUCCCCAUGAUGAUCCUUUGGUAAUCACCCCGGUGAUUGGAAACUCUUCUGUAAAAAGGGUACUCGUUGACGGUGGAGCCUCAGUAGAUAUCUUAUUUCAUGAUGCAUAUGAGAAGAUGGGAUAUUCAGAUUCGCAAUUGACACCUUCAGAUAUGCCUAUAUACGGCUUUAAUAACGUGGAGACAAAGAUUGAAGGUAUGAUCCAACUACCCGUGACAAUGGGCACCGAGCCUAGACAGGCCACAUGUAUGCUGAAUUUUUUGGUCAUUAAGGCUUCAUCAACCUACAAUGCUAUCCUUGGGAGGACUGGGAUACAUGCUUUUAAAGCAAUCCCAUCCACCUACCACUUGAAGAUCAAAUUCCCUACCAAGAAUGGGGUGGGAGAAGAGAUAGGAGAUCAAAAAAUGGCUAGAAGUUGUUAUGUGGGGGCUCUGAAAUCUGGAGGGACCGGGGGGCAAGUUCUCCCAAUUGAGGACUUGGAUGUCCGAGAGGAAGAGGAAAGGAGAGGAAAGCCAGCUGAGGACUUGGUUCCCUUCUCCCUAUAUCCAGAUGAGCCCGAGAAGGUGACCUAUGUAGGGGCGUCGCUCCCCGAGGAUAUGAAAUCCGAAUUUGUGAAGUUCUUGAGGAACAACCGGGAUGUGUUUGCUUGGACCGCAGCCGAUAUGCCAGGGAUUGAUCCCCUCUUUAUGACACACACGCUUAACGUAAGCCCAGAUAGAAAACCCGUGAAACAAAAGAAGAGAAGUUUUGCCCCUGAGAGGCAGGAAGCCAUAAAACAGGAGGUCGAUAAGCUUUUGGAAGCAGGUUUUAUAGAGGAAAUCCAAUUCUCAGAAUGGCUAGCUAACCCAGUCAUGGUCAAGAAAGCUAAUGGAAAGUGGAGGAUGUGUGUAGACUUCACAGAUUUGAAUGAUGCUUGUCCUAAGGACUGUUUUCCUCUCCCAAGAAUAGAUACUCUGAUCGAUGCUACAGCUGGGCACGAGAUGUUGAGCUUUAUGGAUGGCUUUAGUGGAUACAACCAGAUCCGAAUGAAUAAGGACGACAUUCCUAAGGUAUCAUUCAUCACUGAUUUUGCCAAGUGUGCCUUUGGAGUUGGGUCUGGAAAAUUUUUGGGUCUGAUGGUCUCAAAACGUGGAAUUGAGGCCAACCCCGACAAGAUAAAGGCCAUCCUUGAUAUGGAGCCGCCUAAGUCUAUAAAAGAUGUUCAAAAGCUAACAGGAAGAAUCGCGGCACUAGGACGUUUCAUCUCGAAGUCCGGGGAUAAGUGCUUGCCCUUCUUUAAGGCUUUGAAGAAAGUUAAAGAUUUUGAAUGGACAAGUGAGAGCCAAGAGGCCUUUGAGCAGUUGAAGAAGUAUAUGGCAGAGCCACCACUCUUAUCAAAGCCCGUGGAUGGAGAAACAUUAUAUGUCUACUUGGCUGUCUCUGAGAAAGCACUGAGUGCGGUCUUGGUUCCUUCAAGAAAGCUGAGGCCUUACUUCCAGGCUCACAAAAUUGAAGUCUUGACAGACCAGCCCCUUAGGAACAUAAUGCAUAGCCCGAAGGCUAGUGGGAGAUUAAUCAAAUGGGCAGUAGAGCUUGGGGAAUUUGAAAUUCGAUACAAACCACGGGUGACAAUCAAGGCUCAAGCUCUAGCUGACUUCCUCGUUGAAUGCACCAUUGACAACAAGGAAGUCGGGGGGCAGGAGAGUAUGGUAGAGGAACCCAAAGAAGAGGAGAAACCUAAAGAGUAUUGGUUACUAUUUUUUGACGGAGCUUCAAAAACAAAAAAUAGUGGGGCAGGGCUGGUGCUCCGAAGCCCGGAUGGCUUCACGGUCGAGUACGCAAUCAAGUUAGACUUUCCAACUACCAAUAAUGAAGCUGAGUAUGAGGCCCUUAUAGCUGGAUUGGGAUUGGCGAGAACCCUGAGGGUUAAAAACCUGAAAGUAUGUGGGGACUCAAGACUUGUGGUUUCACAGGUUAAUGGAGAAUUUGAGGCACGAGAAGAAACAAUGCUGAAAUACUUAAGGAUUGUGAAAGCCCAGAUGACGCAAUUUAAAGAAUGUUUGGUAGAACAUAUACCUAGGGAAGAGAAUGCAAAGGCUGAUGCCUUAUCCCAGUUUGCAUCCUCAGAGAAUGAGGUGUGCUCGGGAAGUGUUUACUAUCAGGUUUUGAAAACCCCAAGUAUCAAUGCCAAGCUGGUAGCCCCAAUUGACACGGGGGCCACUUGGAUCGAUGAGGUCAAAACGUAUCUCGAAACCGGACAUCUACCACCUGAUGCUGGGGAAGCACGAAAACUACAAGUGAGAGCUUUAAAGUAUGCACUCAUUGAAGGGAUUCUCUAUAAGAAAUCUUUUGUUAUACCUUAUUUGAAGUGUUUAAGGCCGGAUGAGGCCCGGGAAGCCCUGAAAGAGGUCCAUGAAGGAAUCUGUGGCCAGCACCUAGGCGGGAGAGCCUUGGCUCACAAAAUUACUCGCCUUGGGUUCUUUUGGCCAAAUAUGCUGAAGGAUGCGAAGGAUUAUGUUAAGAGAUGCGAUCGUUGUCAGAGAUUUGCACCUGUUGUGCGCCAGCCCCCAGAGAUGUUGACAUCCAUUAACUCCCCGAUUCCCUUUGCUAUGUGGGGGAUGGACAUCCUAGGGCCGUUUCCACUCGCCAGUGCUCAAAGGAAGUUUCUGAUAGUGGCUAUUGACUACUUUACCAAGUGGAUUGAGGCCAAACCCCUGGCCAAGAUAACCACCAAGCAAGUUGCUCAGUUCUUUUGGGAAAACGUCAUAUGCAGGUAUGGCAUACCCCGAGUCUUGGUUACUGACAAUGGAGCUCAGUUCAACAAUCCAGAGUUUGUGGGAUACUGUGACGACUAUAGCAUUGAGCUACGAUUCACUUCGGUUGCCCAUCCUCAAGCCAAUGGGCAAGCUGAAGUAGCCAACAGGAUAAUCCUUGAUGGGCUAAAGAAAAGAGUCGAGAAAGCGCAUGGGUCUUGGGCUGAAGAGAUUCUCCCUAUACUAUGGGCAUAUCGAACAACCUGCAAGGUCUCCACAGGAGCAACCCCGUUCCAGUUAGCUUACGGGGCUGAAGCCGUAGUGCCACUUGAGAUAACUCAUACCUCCCCCAGGGUCCAGCAGUAUGAGCCCGAAGCCAAUGAGGAAGGAAUGAGACUCGCACUCGACAUGAUCGAUGAGGUCCGUGAUGAGGCUAACGCCAGGAUCGUUGAGAGCCAAAAACGAGCUUCCUAUUACUAUAAUCUCCGAGUCAAGGAACGAUUCUUCAGAAAAGGGGAUUUAGUCCUAAGGAAAGCUGAGGCCUCAGGAGUUGGUCCCAAGGGAAAGAUGGCCCCAAACUGGGAAGGUCCGUAUCAGGUGAAGGAUGUUAUUGGUCGCGGCUCGUACAAGCUUCAGACCCUGGAUGGAGUUGAGUUUCCAAGGAGUUGGCAUGCCACCAACUUGAAGAUUUAUUAUAUUUGA